CGCCUCUGCGUGUGCGUCCGGGGGGUCGGCGUGGGCGUCGGGGAAGCCGGAAUAUAGUAUUUAAUGAAAAAUACAUGCUUAAGUGGUGAAAAUGGCGGGCUUCCUAGACAAUUUCCGUUGGCCGGAAUGUGAGUGCAUUGACUGGAGUGAGAGAAGAAACGCUGUGGCCUCUCUGGUUGCAGGCAUAUUGUUUUUUACCGGUUGGUGGAUAAUGAUCGGCGCAGCUGUAGUGUAUCCGAAGCCAGAGCAGCUGAACCAUGCCUUUCACACAUGUGGUGUGUUUUCCACAUUGGCUUUCUUCAUGAUAAACGCUGUGUCCAACGCUCAGGUGAGAGGUGACAGUUACGAGAGCGGCUGUUUAGGAAGAACAGGUGCUCGAGUUUGGCUCUUCAUUGGUUUCAUGUUGAUGUUUGGGUCACUGAUUGCUUCCAUGUGGAUUCUCUUUGGUGCCUAUGUUACCCAGAAUACUGGUUAUCCAGGACUAGCUGUGUUUUUUCAAAAUGCACUUAUAUUUUUUAGCACUCUGAUCUACAAAUUUGGAAGAACUGAAGAGCUAUGGACCUGAGAUCACUUCUCAAAUCACGUUUUCCUUUUGUUAUAUUCUAUCUGUAGAUAAGUUUUUAUCUGAGUAUAAUU